UAUUUUUCAAGAUAGGGUAAAAAUCCUAAGAUUUUUUACUCUCAUAUUCUCUUAGCCGCCACCACAUAAAACCCCAAUUAAUAGACCAUCAAUUUGGCCGAAAAUAGAGUUUUUCUCCAACAAACUCAUAGCUCCGACCAGCGAGCUAAACCAGACAACUUCCCAUCGCUGCCAGCCCCUAUCCCCUUUUCCCUUUACAAUUCUUUCUUGUCUUGCAGGUAACCUAUUGUCGUUCGAAUGAUCUCCGACCUCUAUUUCUCACUCUCGACAUCUCCGACGUAGAACAGAGCAACACCAGACCAGCAGCUUCGGUAUCCAAACAACAUCAAAUCCCCGACCCAACAACCCAGAAACGGAAGCGACACCACCACGGCUGCUCGCCCAUCUCUCUCACGAUGGGCUAGUAUAAGAUCUGAUCAGAAAUCGUCAAACUCCGAGACGGGAUAUCAUGUCUGGAACUUACCGACCCAGUAAGGAAGUGGCAACUUCUAGUCAAAGGAAGCGUGUUCGGAGUAGGGGAAUGUACCUCCCGCACCCGCAGUACCAAAGGGCCAAACCAGGUGGCUCGAGGUGAAAGUUGUGGCCACCGAAGGAAAGAUAUAGUGGAAGAAGCACACUGAAGAUAGAUAUUUUUCUGAUGUGUGUAUUGACAGGGACAGCUUGGCGUGGGAGUUCCCCCAGUUAUUGAGGCGGAUCCGUGAGCAGCAUAUGGACUUUAUCUUUGCAGAGCGGGGAGAGUGCAACUUGCACAUGGUACGCGAAUUUUACGCUAGCUGGGCGCCAGACACGAGAUCACAUUUUGUGACUGUGCGAGGUGUAAAUGUGACUAUAACUCCAGCAGUCCUCAAUGACAUUGUGAGGACUUCACCGAAUGCGAAACCACUGGUGCUUACAGAGCUGAACAUACGCCCACCAUACCGGGCCAUUCGACAUACUCUCUGCGGCCCACAGUCAAUGGUGCAAUUGACUAAGCAUAGUGGGAAGCAAUAUCACCAAUCUCUCCCCUAUGCCCACUUUCUUAGGGAGGCUCGGAUUUGGCUGAAGAUUAUGAUGCACUAUUUGAUAUCGGGACUGCACUACACAAAUAUCAAUCGGGACAUGGUAUGUUUAGUUUAUGCAUUGAUGACGGCCGCGGAGGUGAACAUUGGGGCUAUGCUGAAAACGGCGAUGCGGAAGGCCCGGGUUCAUAAAGGGCGGAGGUCUGCUUUUGGUGGCCUUAUUACAAAGUUGUGUCAUGUUGCAGGUGUUUCGGAAGAGAACGUGGACUAUAUGGAACCAUUAUUCCCAGCACCGGUGGACAUCACGAUGACCAAGGGGCCCGACAUUGAGUUUGGCCCAUUCUCACCACUGCAGAGCGCAAUAGGCGGGAUGAGCUUAUCAUGGCUAGGAUGUAUGGCCUAGAGAUACUGCGCCACCAGAAUGGUUGUCUAGCUUCCACUGACGUGCAAUUGGGUGACGUUGAGAGGCGCUAUCCGCUGAAUGCCCACGCUAAGGCCUUGCUUGGCAUUGGUCUAGAGUUUCAUGAGCCGGUGGAUGAUGACAUUCCCACCGAUGAGGAUAGACAACGCACUGGCUCAGACGUAUAGUUUGAUUCUGAUAAAGAGGUGGACCCCGCUCAGGCCGGUGAUGAGGCCGAAGAGGGUGAUGCGAUGGAAGUGUUUUCACCUUACCUCUUGUAUUGUUCUAAUUUUUGUAAAUCACUUGGGACAGUGCUAAUGUUUAAGUGUUGGGUGACGGUGGAAAUCA